AUGCAACACAGCGGUACCGGAAUGCAGACGACCAACGAGUCGGUGCGGAGCUCUGGUCUGAUCGAGAGGAGGCGGUGGCGACAGGAGGCGCCCGGCCUGGUCGACCCGUACAUGGUGGUUCAGGCAAGUGGUGGCGACGCCCUAUUUGAGGCAGCCCGAGGUCGUGGGCAUUCGAGGGGUCUGGCAGUGGGGAACCAAUCUACCGCGGCUGGCAGGGCGAACGGGCGGCCGGGCGAUGAGUUGGGUAGAUGGGCUGAGUGGAGUGAAUGCCUGGCUUCGGAUGGAACGGCCGGCAGAAGGAAGGGCAUACAAGAGGAUUAA